UCAGGCAGCUGUGUCCUAUUCGUUUGCGCACGUGGCGCUGGAUGUGCGGAUGUUGUGCAACAGCUGGGCGCAGAGGGGCACGGUGUUCCUCCGGAGGCACUGCAGCCAUGUGCUGGGGGAAGGAAGACGGCAAAUGUAGUCGCUUUUCACGUCCCUGACACGCACAAUGAAAUAAACAAAGUCCGAUCCCGAUGUGUGCAGGAAUGGGUUUGUUUUUUUACACCGCUGGACCUGUCCGUCCCACUCAGGCGACUUUUGACCAGCAGGCACAACGAUGUAUUGGGAGGAAUAACCAGAGCUACAUUUGUGAAUCAGGGCAUUGCUGUGAAGACCUGCAGUGCUGCAGUUACUACUAUGAGUUAUGGUGGUUCUGGUUGAUGUGUGCUGUCAUCUUCAUUGUGAUCUGUUGCUGUGUGUGGCGUCACCGUCGCAUCAAGCACAGACUGCAGCAGCAGCAGCGACAGCAUGAGAUCAACCUGAUCGCCUACCAAGAGGCUUGCAACUACACCUCAACUCCAUUCUACUUCAGGUUUCUACCAAGUUAUCUCCUACCUGACUAUGAGGAUGUAACAAAUGAUCCUCUUACCCCACCACCUCCUUACUGUAACUUAAACUUAAACACUGGACCACCAGCUUGUACCAUUAAUGACCAGGAGGAGGCGCAAUGUCCAUCCAGACAGGUCACACCUGUGCCCACAACAUCGAGCCCACUGUGCUCCAGGCCUGGUAUAGCGGGGCUUGAGUACUCGCAGGAUGAUCAGCACAGAGCUGAUGGGACAGGCAGGGAGACCAUGCUGAAACAGGACCAGGAAAGAGAUGUAGAAGAGUCUGAAGAGGAGAAGGACGGGUUCAUUCAAAGACAGCGCCACUUUACAGGUGACUCCGGCAUUGAAGUGUGUCUGUGCAGCCAAGAAACUGAGAGCCAAAACCCUGAAGGACUUGAUGAGCCGUUAACAAAUAAAGGCUCUGGUGGCUCGAUGGAGCUUUGUGAGAGCUGUGGAGCUGGAGAUGAUAAAGAUGGUGAGCAGGGGACUGAGCUUGACAGAUCACCAUCACUGGAGUUCCAUCCUCUCUGCCUGUACUUGCAUACUAUUGAUGAGCAGGAGGGGCCACAGGGCUGUCAGAGCUAAGGGGAAAGAUAUCAAAUUCUGAGGAAACAGAGAUGCAACACUGCACCCGAUGUUAUUUGGAUGGUAUAUACAGUGUGUGUAAGCCUUUUUACAGUCUGAUGGUUGAAUGAUGGGAAUAGUAUGUCCUGGAGUGUACACAAUCAUUCACACCUAAUGGUAAUUUGGAUUAGACAUGGUUUAGGAAGUUAGAAGAAUCCAAAGCUAUGAACAGUGACUUGAGAUAAUGAAAAGAUCCAAAGAUCACACAAGUUCAAUAUAAUUGUUCGGUGUAAUGAACGUUAUUAUGUUUUGGUGAGAGUAAAAUUUGGUGUUUGUGGUCAUUUAUUGGGGCUGGAAGAUGUUCCUGUAACUGUUUCCACAGUGGUUUACUGAAAACAUCACCAUUAAUAGAUAUGUUGGCUUUACUCAGGCUUUUUACAUGAUUAGCAUUGAGCCAUCAUCAUACAUCAUGCUAAUGUUUAUUUAUGGACUCUAUUGUAUAAUGUGACUUGGCAGAAACGAGCCUAUGAAAGUUUUAUUUGUAAAGAAUGCUAAAAGAUGAUUGGUCCCCUCAGAUCACCCACUGUUUCUACAGUUACAGCUUGAUUUUUUUUUCAUGUUUUGUCAUUGGGGCCAGUUUUAGUAAUUCAAGCCUUGAAUGCUUUUAGAUGGAAUCAACUAUUACAAUAAACCACUAUAAGUAAAUAGCUGGACUGGGCUGCUGCUUUUUGUGUCGAGAAAUUCACAUCUUGUGAUCGAUUUUGUUGCGUUAUUUUCAGCUUGAAUUACUGCAAACUGUCCAAAAAAAGUAAAUAAACGUUAUAAUGAUUUAUUUUGAAAGUUAGAUUUGCAAGAUUUAAAAAAAUCUAAUGAAAUUUUUAAGUGCCAAACAGUCUGUGUUUAAUGAUUUGCAGGAAUAUAGAAAUUUGGACAUUCAAAAAAAAAAAAAAAAACACUUGAUUUUGUGUAGAGUUUAUUAUUGAUUAAAUGUAGGGUUAAAUGAAUGACUAGGAGACAUUUAUAUAUACUUAAAAGCCACCUAGCAAAAUUAGUGGCCCUGCAAGUCUCUAUUGAUGAAGGUGACGAUGAUGAUGAUAUAUACCGGUUAGCAAAUCAAUUGCAGAUCAUUUUAUUUGACCAAGACAAUUGCCUAUUUCAAACCUUGGAGAAAAGACAAUAUAAAAAUACAAAUUGUUUGACCAAACAGUAUUUUGCAUUUUAUUUAUUUCCACAAGAGGGCGACAUAUAAGUAGUUUUGAAUUGAAGGGUCUAGGCCCAAUCGUGCUUGUAUACAGAUUUACUUUAUAUAGUCCAAAAAUGUGUCAUCUUGCAGAAUAAACAAAAUGAUUUGCAAGCAUGCAUAAGCUUUAAGGUUUAUAAAAUGCUUUAUUUUCCACAGCCAUGAAAAAAUGACGUUAGAAAACACUUCUUUCAUUUGGCUAAUUUCAACCCAAAUGUGCCUGAUUUAGAGGUCUGAUUUUUUAGGAUGUCAGAAGUGUUUUGGGGGAUAUAAAUAUUGUGUGUUUCUAAUACUUUCUUUAGUUUCUUUAUAUAAAAAACUCAUGAAUUGAAUUUCUGUUCUGAUUGCUGUGUGUUGGGGGAGAAAAAGUCAUUUGUGGACCUUUGGAUCUUUGGAUACAUUGAUGAGUGUUGACAUUUUGUUUCGAUUUGCUUUCACAAUAAUAAAAAUUUUUGUGUUCUUCUCACAGUCCUUAAAAUUAAGGUGCCAAGAAAGUUGGAAAGACACAACAUGCCUGUUUGGAAACACCUAGUUUUUAUAGUUUCUGAGAGACACUUAGAUGUUGCUUUUGUUUAUAAGAAACAAACUAGGCAUGUUUAUAAGGUAGAUUUACAAGGUAGAUUGGAAGAUUUACUUUCUACUUGAUUCCAUAUGUAUAUAUACAUAUACAGAUGUUAAACUUUAUGUUCAUUGAAAAAUUCUACCUUAGCAUUAAAACAGAUUUCCACACUCUUGGCAUCCGGACAGUUUGUUUCUCCAAACAUUCAGCUAAAAUACUUUACCAUGCCACUUGUAAAACUUGCCAAAGAUAUUCUUUGCUAUUUGGAUAUUUCUUUCUAAACUUGUGGUCCAGUUCAUCCCAGAGCAGCUCUUUUAGGUUUUAGGUGCCGUAACUGGGAGGGCUAUUUAAUAGUAGAUUACAAUCUUAAAAUUUGCUCUCUAAAUAACGCUUACAGAGUCAGGUCAGCUUCAGGUCAUGGUAUUUUUGUACAGUGAAUUCGGUUCCAAUGAGCCACAGUCCAGACGGAAUUGCAUGGUGUUGAGGUAUGGAAUGGUAGCCACAUUGGUUUUCUUUUCCUUUCACCCAGAAUAAGUCUCCAGAAUAAGUCUCCAACAUUCCCUGCUCCAAAACAACCCCAAACCACUAAGCGUUCACCUCCAUGUUUGACUGUGGCUGUGAAGAAGUAUGCUAACCUCUUCUCUCCUGUUCUCUGACUAACACAAGUUCUUUUAGAUACAAAUGUCAAAUGUCCACAGAACAUUUUCCUCAUCAUUCACUGUCCAAUUACUGUGGGUUUUGUCUUUGUUUGUUUGUUGCAUAGAAAUAAAAGUCACAUACAUGUGUCUCAAUAA